AUGUCGAAUCAACAAGGUCAUCCAGGUUAUCCAGGUUAUCUCCAUUCUGAUCACACGUACCAGGAAGGAGAUCCAUACGGAAACGAGGGAUAUUCCCAACAGCAAGUGGCUCAGGAUAUGGCAGAUGCCGAACGAUAUGCCCAUCCCCCUCAUUCGCCUCUAAUGAGUACUUCUCGCCUGCAACGAAAUGGCAUGUCCACGUAUCCUCCGAGUAUGCCCGAAACCCAGGAAGGGGAGACUCCCAGUGAAGCUACUCACGCAUACUCCGGUACUACCGGGGUCAACGAUGAAAGUGCCCUAAGAAGAAUGCUAGGAAUGACACCCGUGCAACAAGCUCCGACAGGUACAGGUACAGAUGCUGGUGUAACUCAAUAUGAGGCGUUUCAGCCAUCUCCACCUGCGAGGAGCUUCACCGCCCCUUCCACUUGCUCUUCGAUGGACCCUCCGGCAACUAAAGCUGAGUCUACUGAAGGCACCCAUGAGCAACCUGCUGGAGGGGACGACAAGAUGGACGAACACUUCCCGUCUCUCCAAAGAGCUCAUACUUCCACUAGUCAAAAUUCGAUAGGAGGGACUUCACGUUUUCCUGGUUCGGGUCGAAAGCGUGGAGGUAAACGGAAAUAUGAAAGUCUUGAUUGGAAAUCAUAA